AUGACUUGGCACAAGGACUGCAGGAAGGCUGACGUUACUGUCAUUGACUUGGGCCCCGGUGGACUGGUACCGUGCUGCAACAGCUGCGGAGAAAUAUGCCCUUCAAACGACAACGAUGCCACCGAUGCCGAGCAAUCCUCCACCGCCCAUUCGACACUUGCGCUUGAGCCUCCAUCACGUCAUGAGAGCCUCCACUGGCCCUCAUCUAUUCCCUACUUUGAUGACGAUGACUUUCUAAUCAGUCGCAGAACCGAUGCAUCACCCGACAGCCUCUCCCAGGAACAGCGAAAUGACGGCACAGGAGCAUCAGCCCUCGUUUGCUCUGAACCCCCACAACGGAAAUCACGCUUCCAACAAUUAGGCGAAAGGCAAAUCCGCCUAAUGCAUCUAUCCAACGGAAAUUUCAACGAUCUGAUUCACAUUGAUCUCACAGUCGAGGACUUCGCGUUCGGGGUGGAAUAUGAGGCACUUUCAUACACCUGGGCCAACGAUGCAGGCAAUUCCCAAAAAUCAUGCUCCGUUUACUACGGCCAAGGUUGGGAGGUGAUCAGGGUUACAGAAAAUUGCGCCAACGCCCUCCGAAGGCUUCGCUACCGUAACAAGACAAGGAUACUUUGGGUUGAUGCCAUCUGCAUCAAUCAAGAGGAUAUCUUCGAGAGAAGUCAUCAAGUAGACAUGAUGGCGGAUAUCUUCGCAUGCGCAGCAAGGGUCAUUGUCUACCUGGGCGAGAAUGAACCUGAAUCAUUUGAUGAUGAACCGCUUUACCAUUCGCGUCUUCGUCAGCAGGUCGAAGAACUCUGCGGCAGACCAUAUUUCUCCCGAAUCUGGGUAGUGCAGGAAUUGGCAUUUGCCACGGACAAAACCAUCAUCUGUGGUUCGACAACGUGGGAUUGGGAGAUGUUUUAUACUAUCGCGUGCAGCCUUUCACACGCCACUGGUUUAUCCUGGAUCCAAUACUGCAACAACCGCAAGUCCCGUGAGAGUUUAGAUUUGUUUCAGUUACUUUGUGACACCCUGAACUGCAAAUCGUCUGAUCCACGAGAUCGAGUGUUUGCUCUUCUCGGUCUGGUUGUUGGAUCAAGAGCUCUGGGACUCACGCCGGACUAUGGAUUACAGCUUGCAGAUCUCAUGGUUGGAGUAACGGGCCACUUUCUCAUCCAUUGUUCUGCCAAGGACUGCAGAACGAUUUUCUAUUUGGCCCGCACGCACAGUGUUUCUACGUGGCCAUCGUGGGUCCCGAACUGGGCGGAUAUCGGACAGCGGCGAUGGCUCGAGGCUACUUAUUACAUGGACAGUCGUGACUACGUGGCCAGCGAGGAAAAGGGCUGGAGUCCACAUCUAGUUUUGAGUUGUGUCAAGACUGAAGGACCAGCCAUUGGGAAGGCAACCGGUUGUCUUAAACUGAAAGGAUUUCUGGUCGCCUCCGGCCCCAACAUGAACCAAAUCACAUUUUGCGGCGUCUCACCUUUUUGGAAAGCAAGCACCAUACAUCCAAUCAUCUAUCAGCCCGAGGGAGUUGACGUCGUUGUUGUCUACAUUCCGUAUUGUGGUUCAUAUCUUCUUCUUCGCUCUGCAACAACUUCCACGGACCAUGUUGCAACUAAGUUGAGUGAAAUUUGCGCUCUGGGCCCUCACCAGCCGGAAUAUGACGAUCUAAACGCAAUCCAUCCUCCUCAUUCAGUCCAUGACCACAACAAUUCAAUUUUAGCCAACGUCAACUCAUGGGUCAAAGCUCUUUUUCGAUCAGGCAUGUACACGGGUGCCAAUUUAAGCGGCCUCGUGGAGCCUUGGACACGGCUUUUGGAAAGCAGAGUCGACUAUCCCAAGGAAGUACGGAAACGAGACAGACUCUGGGUGCGAAUGCUCUUACGAAAGGCCGUAAUUUACCACCAGACUCUGUCCCUACUUCUGAAGAGCAGUAACGGCACAGGAAAGGGGCAGAUCCUUCCGAGGACCCUUUCUUUGAUUAGAAGCAUUGGCCUUUUCGCCCAAGAUUUAACACAGUUUGUGGCUACAGGUGCACUUCUCGAUUCCGCUCUUGUUCUCAGCACCUUUUUAUGGAAGAUCGCUCCGAUCCGUAAUUCUCUGGCAGGUUCCAUCCUGCAGCACGAGCCUUCAGUAUCCUAUCAUACCGAAAAUCAGAUGUUGUUUAGUUCGUUCAGCAACUUUCUCAUAAAUCAUCUGAUUGAAGAUGAAGCAGAUGAUGAUUGGGGCUUCAAAAGACACAAAGCAGCAUUGGUGAAGCAUUUCAUUGAGUUUCUAUCGACCUACAUUUCGCUACCGCAAAACGCGAGUCUUUGUCCGUUGAAUCAUGAUAGCGAGCAAUCGAAUUCCCUCACAGAAAAUUCGACAUUGGAAAUGCCAAUCACCGAUGACGAGUUUAGUCUCCUGCCCAGGCACACAAUUUGGUGUCUCACGGGCCGACACUCAAUCACCUCCGUAUAUCGCAAACAGAACAAGCGGUGGCUAAGUUGGAGGGACUAUCCCGAUCCAGGUGUUAUACAAUGUAUGUGGGUGAUUGAUGAAGCUCUUUCCACAAAGGGGUGGCAGGUCUUCGUGCCAGACUUGAUUGACGUGUAUAUCGCAUGA